AUGGGGGUGAUAGCGGAAACGGAUGUCGACUACGGCAGGAUUUUUGGGCCAUUUCCGGCAGUCGGCCAUAUUCCGCCGACGCACUUUAUUGGUUAUCUGACGUCUGACGAGAAGAGUGUUACCGGCGAUUUUAAGGUGGAUCUGAACAUAGGUAACCAGGGCAAUAUGUGGAUGGCGUGCGCACAGCCGGCCAGAACAGUGGACGAACAGAACACAGAGGCGUACAUGAAGGACGGAUAUAUAUUCUACAGAACACUCCGGAUAAUUCGUGCAAAUGAGGAAAUCCUCGUAUGGUACAGUAAAGACUUUGCCCUGAUCCUUGCUUCCGAGCGUCCAGAUGACCAAUCCAAUGGUGGAAAAACUGCUGCAGACGACAACUACACCGGCCAUGCUGCAGCGGCCAAUCCAACAGCUGAAUCUAGCACAGAACUGGUGCGCAAAGUGCAACGCGACGUUCCGCAUGACUAG